AUGCCCUUCUCUCUCUCUCUCUCAGUUACUAAGGUCUCUGCUUUCUCUGUCUCUACUGUCUGUCCAAGCAUUACAUCUUGUUCGAUCUCUGGUACUUCUUCACUUUCUGUUAAAAUUCUCCUGAUCUUUCUCUGUUCUGGGUAAUGGAACCAGCGAAAAUUGACUGGAAGAGAAUCGAGUCUGUAUAUGUAGAAGACAAAUUGUACGAGAACAUUAACGCACCUACAUGGGUUGAUUUCAUUGCCCCUGAAGACUCAAUUGAUGAUGAAGCCUGGUUCUGCAGACCUGAUUGUAACCAUCCAAAGACAGCUGAGGAUUUCUUGGUAUCAACGCCUGCUUCGAAGGUUUCAAGCUCAGGCAAAGGAAGUAAAACACUACCUUCUGGUUACUUGAAUCAAAGAGAUGCAAAGUUGAAGAGAAGAGGACAAAUUUUCAACGAAGAUAGAGAAAAUCAGAACCCAAAUUUAUCAACACCUCCAAUUCAAAGAGCCAAGUCCAUGAAAGCAGCUUUUAAAUCAAGCAAUGAGAAGAAGAAGACACCCAUCAAUGACUCGUUGCCAAAGGAAGAGGCACCACCAAAGCUGAAGAGUACACUCUCCGCGAGAAAUUUAUUCGCAGGGAGGGAUAUAAUCAAUCAUAUAACAGAGUUUUGCAAUGAACUGAAGCAAAUGGCAAUGAGAGCGAGGGGCAGAGAGAAUGCAGAAAAGUUGAAUGAGAAGAGUCUAGUAGGAGGAAAGGAGGAGGGCUCAGGUGAGAUUCUGAAAGAGUUGGAUUGGAAAGAAAAGGAGAGGAAGCCUUUGCUUGAAGUGGGUAAAGAAAAAUCUGAAGCAAAUGAGAAGAAGAGAAAUGCUAUAGAGAAGCAGAAGAAAGAGAGGGGUGUUGAGGCAGAGAACAUUCCAAUACCUCUAAAUUUGGAGAAUGUGAAGAACAAAAAAGAGGAACGGCUGUUGCAGAUCCGGACUAAUCCUCCCUCUCCUCAAUGUUUUUCAGCCAAAAGUUGGCCAACCAAAUCCUCCACUCCUUCAAAGACUUCCAAAUCCAGGCUUAUGGAGAGGGGGAUUCUUCAAGAGGUGGAGCAGAAUAAGGAAAACACAGAAGAAGAAUUAGAGAGAAACAGAAACUCCCCCAUUUUAGAUGGAAGAGGAGGAGAAGCAAGAGCACUGGAUGUGUUCUGGUUUUUGAAGCCUUGCACACUAUCCAGUUAAAGCUUUUGGAGUAAACAUAGCAUAACAAUUGAAAUUCAUUCUUUAUUCUUUCAUUUGCAUCUCCCAUUAACUUCAUUUUCAAUAAAGGAAAAUGUAAUUAGCACCCAACAAUUGUACCAAAAUCCACUUGCUUUUGCAAGUAAAAUUUACAUCAGAUUACCUUUUCAUGC